UUCUGAGCAGGAAGGGAUUAAAGAAUGUGAAUACACUCAGGGAUUCCGCCUGCUUCUUUCAUUGUGCAGCAUCUUUAGCCAGGGCUUUGUUUAUAACUGGAUAGGGCUCACAGGGGGAGGGAACUUUGUGACUCAGACUAAGACAUUUGCUAUAACUAGUGGCACAGAUGAAACAGAGGCAGCGAGCGAGAGAGGGAGAGGGGCAGACCCAGAGAGCAGAGAGGAGAGCAGUCAGAAGUAGGUUCAUUGUAAACCUCACAUCCACAAACAAGUCCAGCCUCAAGCUCGCAAAUACAACUCAUCUUUCAAAAUGCCCAACUUCGCUGGUACCUGGAAAAUGAAGAGCAGUGAGAAUUUCGAUGAACUUCUUAAAGCUCUUGGUGUGAACGCCAUGCUGAGGAAGGUGGCAGGGGCAGCAGCUUCCAAACCCCAUGUGGAGAUCAAACAGAACAGCGAACAAUUUUACAUCAAGACCUCCACCACUGUCCGAACCACCGAGAUCAACUUCCAGAUCGGGGUGGAGUUCGAGGAGGAAACCGUGGACGGCAGGAAGUGCAGGAGCCUGGCGACCUGGGAGACUGAGAAUAAGAUGUAUUGUAAGCAGACCCUUAUUGAUGGAGACGGUCCCAAAACGUACUGGACAAGAGAGCUGACGGGGGACGAAUUGAUCUUGACCUUCGGUGCGGACGAUGUGGUGUGCACACGGAUUUAUUUACGAGGGUGAAGACACUAGUGAGUUAUCGAAUGGGCGACGUUCAGGACUACAAGAAGCAAACUCCCCCCCCCCCACAUCUGAAUCUCACUGUGUUGUUUUGUGCAAUGGCAGUAUCUAAAGCCAUUAAGAGUAAUCAUUGUAAUAUUCUCAAACCCGCAAUGUUGAGUGAUAGCAGUUGUAAACACUAUAACCACAAGCCUGAGUUCAUUGUGAUUUUUCUCUGCAAUGUGUUUUUUUUUUUUGUUUUUUUUUGUAUGGUUAGAACUAUGUGAUAUACGUCCACAUUACAAAAUAAAAAGGCUCUGCUCUU